AAAGUAGUAUAUAAGAGUGCUUGAAGGGGGUGCACCGUAUAGUUGUGUAUAGUAUUCUAUAAAUCGUGUAUUUUGCAUGUGUGCGUGUGUACGCAUUAGUUAAUGAAUAUGUACUCCAAAAGGACACCACGAAUUCUUUCGUUACAAAGUCAUGUAGUGUCUGGUUACGUUGGUAAUAAAAGUGCAACAUUUCCUUUACAGUUACUUGGCUUUGAGGUAGAUGCAAUUAAUUCUGUUCAACUAUCCAAUCAUACUGGAUAUAAGGUUUUUAAAGGUCAAGUAUUAAAUGAUAAAGAUUUAGAGGAUGUAAUAGAUGGAUUAGUACAAAAUAACUUAGAUAAUUAUACUUAUUUACUCACAGGAUAUGUUGGUUCUGCUUCAUUUUUGAAAAAAGUAGCAGAAGUUGUCCAUACAUUAAAGCGAAAAAAUCCUGAACUUAUAUAUGUAUGCGAUCCUGUUAUGGGAGAUAAUGGGAAAAUGUAUGUUCCUGAAGCACUAAAGAAAAUUUAUAUAGAAGAGAUAGUACCAUUGGCAGAUAUUGUAAUUCCAAAUCAAUUUGAAUUAGAACUUUUAAGUAACACAAAGAUUAAUACAAUGUCUGACUUACAAAAUGCUGUAAAAAAAUUACAUGAAAUUGGUCCUAAAACAGUAGCUGUUUCAUCAACAGAACUUGGUGAUAAAUUGACAGCAAUAUUUAGUACAAUUAAAGAUAAGAAGUUAAUAAAAAUUGACAUUCCGAAAAUACCAAUUAGUUUCACUGGUUCUGGAGAUCUCUUUGCUGCCUUAUUUUUAGCUCACACAUAUUUGCAGGAUGACAUGAAAACUGCCAUUGAAAAGACUGUAAAUUCUCUAUAUAAUGUUCUGCUUGAAACUUAUAACUAUUCUCAAGCAUGUCAAGACAAGGAGUCACAGCCUGCAAGAAGGAUCGAAUUGCGUUUAAUACAAAGCAAACAUUUCAUUGAAAAUCCAAAAAUUAAAUUACUUGCCGAACCUCUUUCAUAAAUAAGUGAAACUGACAACAGAAUGAUAACUAUAAAUGAUUGUUGUAGAUUAAAAUAUAAAAUAACUUGUUUAACUGAUAUUCCAAUUCAUAUAUGUGUAUAUAUGUAUGUACGUAUAGUUGAUAAUUAAUUGAUUUUAAGGACCACUAUUUUCAUGUCUUCCAAUACAAAAAGUUACUAUGUUUUAAUAAAUAAUGGGACAUAUCAAAGAUA